UGUCGACGAAUACGACGUGUCCUGUGCCCAGCGUGUCACGGCAGCACAGCAGCCAUGUAUCGCGACGGCGAAGUGAUCCUCGAAGUGGAGUGCGGAGGGAACAAGGGUCUCCUUUACCUGUCCCGCCUGUGUCAGGGUUCAAAAGGGCCUUGCAUCCUGUUCAAGGAUACCUGGUUGACGCCCAACGAGUUUCAGUACGUCAGUGGACGCGAAACGGCGAAAGACUGGAAGCGCAGCAUUCGCCACCACGGGAAGUCUAUGAAACUGUUGCUGGCCAAAGGCGUACUGUCAGUGCAUCCGCCGGUGUGUGACUGUUCGGGGUGUCGAAUGAAUUCGCCAGUGGCGAACAGAGAACGAUUGAACGAAAAACGUAACCAGGAUGCGGAAGGUCUCAGCAACUCGACUCUGGGUAACUCCAUGGUCGGCAUCGAGGAUUCGUACGGUGGGACUCCGGGCACUCAGAGCCUUAGCCUGAGCGGAGCUCCGAGGCUGUCGCAGCAGCUCUUCCUCACCCAAGCUUUAAACGCUAUGGAAGCCGCCUCCCGAAAGCCACCACUAGCAGAAAGUGUGAGCCCAGAGCCCAAACGAGAAAGCAGACUGACCUCCAUCAUCGACCAACUCCUCAUCAGCAAAACGAAAAACUACCUCCAACAAAGCAACGACACCUCCAAGAGCAACCACCAGAACCACAAAGACCGAUCAGCACCGUCGCCAGCGCACGAACAAGGACACACAACCAGCCGUCCCUGCAGUCCGCUGUCUCGAAGCUCCGGAGCAGCAGGAGAAUCGCACGACCGACUGGACAGCGACGUUUCGGAUCUGCGCUCCAGCAGCGUAGCCAGCGGUUCGGAAGAAGAAAACUUUGACAAACCUGCAACUACGAGUAACGGCGUCGCCGGCACGACGGUGAGCCGGCGUAAACGGUCGACGCCGUCGUCAGCGGCGGCUCCGAGCAACGGUACAGCGUUGCUGACGGGGGACAUCAAGGUGGAAAGGCUGUCACCAGAGUCGGACGCAGCGUCGCCGCAGUCGUCGCCGUCCCCGGCCCGUGUGUUUCCGCCGGGGCUUGGGUUCGUGCUUGGACUGCGGCCAGGUCUCGUGCCUCCUGGACAUCCCUUCCCUCCGGGCGUCAGCGCGGCAACGCUGGCAGCACCGGCGCUCAAACAGAUGGAAAUGAUGACCAGGAACUACUCGGACUUCAUGCGAUCGCUCGCAGCCAAGUACAACAACCCUACGGGCCAAGAUGGGUUCAACUUCGGUCCAACGAAUGGCGCAGCCACGGGGCUUCUGCGCGGUUUCGAACCGCCGUUCCCGUUCAAGACUGCGGGUACCCCACCGCUCCCCACGGCAUCCGGCCGCCAAAGCGUGGGCGCCGCUAGUGCGUCCGGGAGCGAACCCGAAGGACCUCCCACCAGUGUCGCGCCUCACCACUCCACCCCACCCCUGAAGUCCCUGACGUCUUCACCCCCCGCCGCACUUGCGGAACCUCCUCGAGGGAACGCGCCCUUCAACCUCGCCGACUUCUCAUCGUCUCAGACCCUUCUGAACCUCGUGAGGACGGCGAGCGCCCAGAGCGCCUCCCAGCUCGAGACGUACCUCCGCGGAGCGGUGAAGAGACCUCACGAAGGAGACAUCACCCGUGCCGAUCCCUUGGACCUUUCCGUGGGCGCGGCUGUCAAGCGACCGAGGUCUUCUGGUGAUAGCGUCAGAGGGGAAGUCAUCGACGUUCACGGUUCGCCCAGGAAAGCCACGUCCCCGUGGUUGUUGUCGCUGGACGGUGGGAGACGGUCAAAGAGUCCGAAGUUGCGCUGCGGGUCGGUGUGCUCGGACCAGGCUGUGUCUGUGUGCGGAGACUCUCCGGUGUCCAAGUGGAGCAUCGAUGAUGUGGUGCAUUUCGUCACGUCUGUGGAAUCAUGUGCGGAAUAUGCAGAGAAAUUCCGAGAGCAGUCCAUCGACGGCACGACGCUACCGCUCCUAACGGAAGACCACCUGACAGUGUACAUGGGCAUGAGACUUGGUCCCGCACUGAAACUGCGCACUACUCUGGCAAGGAUGACCGGCCGAUGCACGGUCUGCAUGCACUGCAUCCACUGCCACGGUGAAGACAACGACAGGAGGUCCACCACGUCGUCUGUGCACCGUUCCAGUACACCGGCCAUGCCUGCAGCGUGCACACCACCAAACACUGGUGUACCGACACCUCCGACCACGUCGGCCGAUUCGCCGGCGUCGAAUAAGUAAACAAUGACGUCAAGUCAAUAAUGCCUCCCUGUGGAUGACACGUCUUACAGUUCUUGGACAAGUUCAUGUCCUGCAGGAUGGACACACAGAAGUACCACUGUGUUCUAAGGCGACUUCAUUUGUCAAGAGGACGUCUCUGUCUAUGCUGUGAAAGCAAUCGGUUGUCUGCAAACCGCAACAGGCACCUUUCCUGCUGGACCAUUCGCUGUGUGAUUCGAAGUGCUGUUCGCAGGCAGUCGUAACUUAUUCGGAAACAACUGGUGACUUCAAUGAGCCGUGAGCCGUGAUAUUUUUUGGCGUGGACAUUACUGUCCCACAAACUACGUAGAACUGUCACGCGUGGUAGUCAUUGUUCAUCCAGUCCACGUUCAUCCAUAAACGUGAAGGACUCAUGACAAAGACAUUGUGCACCGUCACAUCUGAGACUGGGCUACCAGUGGGGCGAAGCGUUCUGAACUUCACUACAACCUUCGGUCUACACUUGCGCGAGUUCUCAUCGUGCUCGGAACUAUAAAAAGAACUGUCGGAGGUUCAAGCUCAAAAUGACACACAUGCACCUGUCUGCAUUUUGAAACAAUAUUUUUGUGUGAUCAAUACUGCCGCGAAAUGUCUCUUGCUAUUACGUGGCUGUUUGAGAGGCUGUUUUACCUUUUCUUUCGUGAUCUCAUUCUAGUCGAAUACAGACACGCAAAUAAGCGGGCGAAGAAAGGAGGGCGCUAAAAAAAAAGUGUGAUCGAGAAGAAUAAGCAGCGAUUUCAUUUUCUCAUACUCGGGUGAACGAAGACGGAACAAGCUUUGAGACGGGCGGGAAAGUUGGAAUUGUAAUACUGAGAGUUCUCAUAUAAUAUAUAUUUAUUUUAUAUAUAUCCGAGACCACGAAUGAAAAAAAAAAACGAGUUGUUAGUGCAUUCGCUGUGCUCUCCAGACAGGUGAUUCUUUGUUUCUUCUUGCGGGUGAAGUGUGUUCUGACAAGGGCAAGCACCGAGCAAUGGUUUUCAAUGUGAUAUCUUUCACACUUUGUCCUGGGCCCGGUUUCACCAACGCUGGUUAACUCUGAACCGAGAUCCAGGGUUGUUAAAACUUUCAAUUCUUUAUUUUACAAACCUUAGUUCGUGACGUGAUGAAUGUUUCAGGAACAAUAAAUCCCUUUAGUGAAGGAGAGUUGAUCGUUGAUCUCGGUUCAAAUGAUUUCCUUGAUGAAAUCGGGCCUUAGUUACGCAAAUCCCUUCACUGAAGGAAUAUCCCGCCACCUAUCGCUCAAAUUCUGCAUUUCCCAAAUGUUCUCGAAGCAUUACACGAAUGACCAUACUCUCAUCAAAAUGAACGUCACAGUCGAACCUACAUGACCGUGAGGUUAAAGAGUUACAGGUAUAUACAAUUUUUUUUAAAUAUUAUUUUUAUUAGUACAAAUUAAGGAAGCUCUGCUCAUCCAUUGGUAUUUGGUACUUCUUGAUAAAAUGACACGUAAGGGAAAACAUGAGUUAUCAAAAUCGUGAUAUGCGAGGUGUAGAUGAUAAUUACCAGUGUUUUUGUUUGUUUUUUUACUACACCUGAAAACAAAGUUUUGUACAUCUCACUCCCUUUCUCUCUCUCUCUUUGUGUGCACCAAUCUACGGUUUAAAACAAUAUACCACGUCCAUUCCACCAACUCUAGUGAGACUAUCCCCUGCUGUGUACAAAGACAUUCAGCCGUAUCGUUUUCCUUUUUUAUUGUGAGUGUUAUUAUAAGUUUGUCUCGUCACUCUAUUGCUGAUGAUAAAAUGAGUGAUCUUAAUAUAUUCUGUACUAUUUAAAUCAAAUCAACGGAUGUAGGUUUUACUGCGAACUUUGUACAUACUGGUGUAUAUUGCAUGUAAAAUCUUAGGUUGGAAAUAUAAAGCAUCGUCUGCUCGUCA